AUGGAGUCUGAAGACGAUCUCUCCAAAUACGAGGACCCAUCACAAGAAGCUUCACAGAUUGAUUUAGAGCUUCAUGGCGAGAUGUAUUUGACAAAAGAUGGGAGAGUCAAUGCCCGACAGCCUACGAGCCCACCACUCUCAAGGCUACCACCCCAGGAGUCUCAAUUUCAGCAAACCUCAUCGAGAGAUACGUUACCGUCAGCCACACGAAAUAGAGAAUCUGACGCGAACCAGUCGCAUGACACUUUUUAUGCCUCCCCCGGGGGUGGUAAUAGGUCUGCUACCCGUCGAAAUGCCCUAACUAGUCAGACACAUACUCACUCCGGGCGUCAAAGCUCCGAGUCGAUUAGACCAUCGUCAGCGAGAACCUAUCCUGAAGCCCGUCAAGAUUCACAGUCUUCUAGGCCAUCUUCAAUAAGAGUCCUUCCGAAGUCAUCAGGAGUACAGAUUAUGCUGGUAGCAGCAGCGGUGGGUAUUCUGAAGAGUCGUCGUCACAAAAUCCACUAG